CCCUAGUUCUGUCUUCUUCCCCCCCCCCCCCCCCCCGCUCUCUCUCUCUCUCUUCCCCGAUACGACUGGUACACGCCGGAACAUGAAGCGAUAUGGAAUUAGACCUUGAAGGUACCGGAUUUUUCAAAAAAGGGAUGUACCGGCCGGUACGGAGCGGUAUUGACAACCCUGCAGUUCAUGAAUCAUAACCAACUACAACGAUCUCUAUCCCCAAAAGAGUCAAGCGCAGCACCCCCUGUUCUGUUCUAGUAAAAGCACCAGAAGGGAGAACCUACGAGAAGAUGAAAAAAGGUUAAUGAAGAGUGAGAGAGAUAAAAAGAUUGUUGCUUCCAUUUGGAGCUCGUAAUCAAGCAAGCGGAAAUUUGUUUGAGAUUCUCGCAAUAGAGCAGGAUUUGCAUUUUACACGACGUCAAUGAGUUCCCCUACUAGUUCACCUGAAGAUUCCCCUAUGAGUUCCCAUGAAGAUUCCCCCAUGAGUUCCGAUGAUGACUCCCCGAUGAGUUCCCAUGAAGAUUCCCCUAUGAGUUCUGAUGAAGAUUCCCCGAUGAGUUCCCCCGACGAUUCGGAACUGAUAUGCUCAUGUGGGCUUCCUGCAAAACUAAUAAUAUCAAGGAACAGGAGCCCUUAUAGGUUAUUCUAUAACUGCCCCAGAGGUCAAUAUAAUCAAUGCGGGUUCCGCCAAUGGUUUGAUGAAACAAUGCAAACUGACAAUCAACAUGUGGACCAGAUAAAUCUGAUUAGCAUUGAGUGCAUCCAACUACAAGAGAGGAUCAAUGAAAUCGAAGAAGAACGGGGUCAGGAACGGAGUUUACGGUUCAAAGAAAGAGCGGAGCUUAACUCGCAACUAUCAGCUGUGAAAGACGAGCUCAACAAAAUCAAGAGUAAAAUCAAACCAGUGAACAAGUCCAAUCCUACUUCAGCAGGUGUUACUUUUCAGACGAUGUCGAUGAGUUCCCCUGAAGAUUCCCCUAUAAGUUCCUAUGAAGAUUCCCCUAUGAGUUCACCUGAAGGUUCCUCUAUGAGUUCACCUGAAAAUUCUGAAGUGAUAUGUUUCUGUGGGCGUCUUGCAAAACUAAGACUCUCAAUGACCUCCAAGAACCCUAAUAGGUACUUCUAUAACUGUCCCAAACGUCGAAACAAUCAAUGUGAUUUCUUCCAAUGGUUUGAUGAACCAAUUCCAACAGGUGAUCGAUGUGUGGAUGAGAUGAAUCUCAUUAGCAGUGAGCGCAACAGACUACAAGAGAGGGCCGAUGAAAUCAAAGAAGAAUGGGAUCAAGAAAGGAGUCUCUGGAACAAAGAAAAAAUGGAGCUACACUUGCCAUUAUCAGCUUUAAAAGACGAGCUCAACAAGAUUAAGAGUAAAAUCAAACAAGAGAAUGAUGGGCUCGACAAGAUCAAGAGCGAAAUCAAACUAGAGAAUGAUGGGCUCGUCAAGAUCAAGAGUGAAAUCAAACUAGAGAAUGAUGGGCUCGACAACAUCAAGAGUGAAAUUAAACUAGAGAAUGAUGGGCUCGACAACAUAAAGACUGAAAUCAAACUAGAGAAUGAUGGGCUCGACAUCAAGACUGAAAUCAAACUUGAGAAUGAGUCAGGUUCAAUGCCUCCACUAAACUAAUUAUCCAGCUCUGGGCUACCUGUUGUGCCUUACUGCUUUAUAUGAAGCAAGGUGUGCUAUGAGGGAAGGUAGGGCCCACUUUGGGGCCAAUGUGCUGAUGAAAACCAUUUAUUUUGUAGUCUUUGUCGAGAAAGUAAUUUAUGCGAAGAAUCAGAGUGAUUGGGUAAUGAUAGCUACUUGAUGGGAUCACAUUUGGGAGGUAGUUUGUUCUCAAAAUUACAUCUUAUGUUCUCUUUUUUCGAGAUAAAUGUGAUCUAAUCAUCUAGCUAUUGAUCUCGUUUUCACUUGUAAUCAACUCGACUGGCCAACAAAAUGAACAGUUCUCAUUAGCUCAACGAGCCUGAUGUGGACCUCGCCCUCUCCCAUUGCACUGCCUGUUUUGCAGCAGAUAACCCGAACCCCUAUCCCAAUUAGUGUCAACGCAGAUGAGGAUGUAAAUGUUGCAGUGGGCAUGGUAUGCCAUAGAAUCAGCAAAGACUAACAAAUAUUGGUAAUGUUCUCUCUGCAAUUUUGAGUUUUUAUUGUAGAUAUAGCAGACAAGUAAAUACACUAGUUUCCUGUAAAGAACCAAGAUAUUUGGUAAAGCUUUGCAAUUUGCCAAAUUAGGUCCAAUUGAUCGUCUUCCUC